AUGAUGGUUACACGCAUUGUCGUGCUGGCCGUGGGAGCUUCCGCGGCCAGCGUCAGCGUUCCGUUUAGAAGACCGAGCAGUCUCUCGUUGAAUGAUAUAAACAAACGCGACGUCCUCAGUUUGACAGCGGAUAACAACAUCACUGGCGGAGGGUAUUAUGCUGAGAUAGAGGUGGGCACUCCAGCCCAGAAACUCAAGGUCCAUCUGGACACUGGGAGUAGCGACACCUGGGUAAACUCGGUGGGCACGGACUUAUGUACUGGGGGCCAGUACACCGGAUGUGAAGGUUUCUUCAACUCCAACAAGAGCAGCACCUUUAAGACGGUAGCUCAAGAUGCCUUCAAUAUCUCUUACUUGGACCAGAGAAGCGUACGGGGCGACUACUUCAACGACACCGUCACGAUCAACGGCAAGACCAUCAAUGGGCAAAGACUAGGUCUCCCGAGGAACACAACGCCUGGAUCGGGUGUUCUGGGUCUAGGCCUCAGCGCUGGGGUGGCAGCCGAGCAACAAUACCCUGCGAUCGUCGAACACAUGGCAGCCGAGGGCGUGAUUGGCCGCGCAGCAUUCAGUUUGUAUCUGAAUCACAGCCAAGCCGACACCGGUGUAAUUCUGUUCGGAGGAAUCGAUACUCGCAAGUUUAUCGGGAAACUCGCUACCGUCCCUCUGGUGCCGGGCUUCAAACCCGGAUCGGGCGUCCAAGCUUACGCCGUGCGCAUGUCCGGUUUGAACAUUGGUGACCCCGGCGGCGAUGAAAGCAAUGAUCAGACACGCAAUGCCUUGAACGUUACUGUGGUCCUGGACUCCGGGUCCACACUCACGUUUCUUCCGGACGGCUAUGCCGAGCCCAUCUGGAAACGGUUCGACGUGGAAAUUUUCCAGAACAAGGCCUUUAUCGACUGCAAGCACGCAACAUCUAACGACGACAUUUCAGUGGAGAUCUCUUUCCCCAAUAAGACCAUCGUUGUGCCAAUACGGGAGCUUGUCGUGGACUUUCCCCAAAAGAACAUACUUAAGCUUCUGGGUCUAAAGCUUGGUGAUCCAUGCAUCUUCGGAAUCCAAGGGACAUCAUUCAGCAACAUCACCGACAGCAAGUUUGGCAUCAUCGGAGAUACGGUUCUGCGCAGUGCGUACGUGCUCUACGACGCUGAGAACAAACAGAUUGGCAUUGCGCAAGCCAACAUCGCCUCGAACGAUAGCGACAUUGUUGAUCUCAAGUCUGGCGAUUCAACCAUACCUAACGUAACUGGCGUCAGCGAGGAAGACGCAAACACGACGCCACCUGGCCCGCCAGAGCCAAGCCAGACGCAGGACAGUGAGAGCUCGGCACAUGUGAAGACCACGGGGUUAUACUUGUGUCUCAGUCUAUUCGUCAUGAUCCUCUACGUCUUCUAG